AUCCGCCCGCCUCGGCCUCUCAAAGUGCUGGGAUUACAGGUGUGAGACACCGCGCCCGGCCCCUCCCUUCUCUUUCUUAAAACCUGCGUUCACCCAGCCUCCGUUCGAAAAAAGACCCACUGGAUCUCAAGGGGCCAAGGUUGCCUGAUCGAAUUUCGCCUGGGAGGAAGGGGGUGGCCACGUUGGCAUGGCAUCGUGCCUGGCUCACCCUAAAGCGCGCAGCCCUAAGAGUGGGCUCUCGGGCAUAGGUGGAGCCAGCCUACCGCCUUUUCAGAAGAGGUCUCGCUCGCUUCCUCACGCGCCUCGGGGAACAGCUUGGCCCAAAGCCUCACUCCUCACGUCCCAGGGGUGGACGGGGGUCCGGGAGCCUCGAGUUCUAGACAGGCGUGGCGAGGCUGAAGCCUGGGUCUCCCGCGCCCCGCGAGGACCACGCCGCGACGUAGUCGCCCGAGGGGAGGCGCGGAGUGGAGCCGCAGCCAGCUCCUCCCGCACUCUGCUGACCGCGCACUAGCUGUCCUUGAGGCAAGAAUACUUGGGAGCGGAAAAAAGGUGGGGGUGUUCCCCAGCGGGGAGAGGAGGGGCGAGGCCCCAGCAAGCCUUUCGGAAAUCUCUCCCUGGGAGGGGACGAGGGGAGGCCUUCAACUGCAACGGGGAAGGGCUAGGAUACCGGGUUUGAAGCGGUGUUUGCACCGCAAGCGCAGCUUUUAUUUAGGCUGCCGGUUUGUGAGGGUUGGCUCGGAGAGCGCUGAUGGCGAUUAUAGUGGAACUUCACCUUCACCUGCCCAUGCGCCCCGCAGCGCGCCCCGCAGCGCGCCCGCUCCCACGCCCGCGUAGCUGAGGACCCGGACUUGCCACGAAAGGCUGGUGAAGCUGGGGCCCGGGCGGGCCGGGCCGGGUCAGGGGAGGGGCCUGGCGGCAGGGGCGGGGCCUCAGCUAAAGGCGCGGGGCACCGGGCGCCGAGAGCGCGGAGUAGAGCGGCGCCCGCUCGAGAGAAGUGGGGCCGAGAUCGCGCCGUCCCAGCCAGCCCGCCGGCGUCCGAGCUGCUUCCGCGCCCUUACCCCUGCGGGCCCUUGCAGGGCGAGACCGGCGGCCAUGCAGCCCCGGGGUUGAGGCCGCCCCAUGGCAAAGCCGGCGGUCCCGGCGACGACGGCGCAUGGAGAACUUCCGUAAGGUGCGCUCCGAAGAGGCGCCAGCGGGGGGCGGGGCCGAGGGGGGCGGCCCGGGCUCUGGCCCCUUCGCAGACCUGGCGCCGGGCGCGGUGCACAUGCGGGUCAAGGAAGGCAGCAAGAUCCGGAACCUGAUGGCCUUCGCCACCGCCAGCAUGGCGCAGCCAGCCACGCGCGCCAUCGUCUUCAGCGGCUGCGGCCGGGCCACCACCAAAACCGUCACGUGCGCCGAGAUCCUCAAGCGCCGCCUGGCGGGCCUGCACCAGGUCACGCGGCUGCGCUACCGGAGCGUGCGCGAGGUGUGGCAGAGCCUCCCGCCUGGGCCCACGCAGGGUCAGACGCCUGGCGAGCCGGUCGCUAGUCUCAGCGUACUUAAGAACGUGCCCAGCCUCGCCAUCCUACUUUCCAAGGACGCGCUGGAUCCGCGACAGCCCGGCUACCAGCCCCCGAACCCCGAUCCUGGUCCGUCGUCCCCGCCAACCGCGCCAACGUCCAAGAGGAGCCUAGGGGAACCCGCAGCUGGAGAAGGCUCCGCGAAGCGAUCGCAACCCGAGCCAGGGGCUGCGGACGAGGAUCAGACGGCCUAAAACUCCGGACUGUGGGCAGGAUCUUCCGCCAGCGCCUCCACCCUCAAAUGCACCUCCAGCCUUUCACUCCUCGGUCCUCCGGAGCCCACAACCUGGACACAGCUCCUCAAGGCAGGUAGCAUGGACCUUAAGGCGACAAGAGAGGGGCCCCAGAAGUGGCAGGAGAGGAUCCCCGACGACCUUAGGGAAACUUCGUGUGAUGAUUGCUGCUUAUGCCCGUGUUGCCUGAAGACACGGAACUUCACCUUCACCUUUUCUGGGACCUUCUUUGGGGGAGAAUGGUGGACAGUGGGAUUCUGGAAACUUGAUUGGGACCCCCAAGGGUUAAAGCCACCCAGCAUUCACGAAGGGCACCUGGAGUGUGGAAGCCGAGAAGAGUUAUUGGAAUCACCCCCACCGUUGACAGAGAAGGCAGGGGGUGAGACUUGACUGCUUGAGGGUAGGAGAGUCUGAGAUGUGGGGGUCCUAUUCCACUCCCCGCCCUGGGACAGUUUUCCUUUCUAGUUUUCCUUCCCCUGCUUCAGAGGAGCAUCUCUGAGGGUUCUAGCUCUUUUAACAUCCCUUUUCCCCCUGCUGGCCCAGAGGGAGACCCAGGACUGAACUCUCCAGGCCUCCUCCCCUGAGCCCUGCAACUGGAGUCUUGCUUCCAAUAAAACAAGCACAAAAAUGGCUCUGUCCCCAAAUUUUUUUCUAACUACCCACCUGUGCAGAGACAGCUCUGGCCUGGCCCUUUGUGUCUCCCCUCCCCUCCAGCCUUGCGUCCUGAUCCUUUGGAGUCUUCAGAGUCAGGCAUAGAGACUGGACAGCUUCAAAAUGGUGCAAGGCACUUCCCAGUCCCUGGCUUUUUCCUCUCUCCUCCCCCACUCUCCCCUCCCAGGCUGGCCCUGGCCUCAGGGGCUGUGACCCAUGGGGGCCCAUGCUCCCCUGUACAUCACCACUAAGGGAAAGGGAGUGGCACAUUGCUUUUCUGGGAGGGAAAGGAGGGAGUGGAAGGAGAGCAUGGAUGAACUCUCCUGGAGGUCACUGCAAAGGGUGGCAGACCCUGCUGAGGUCCCUGAACCUGCAGCCUCCAGACAGUAAACUGAACCUUACCCAGAAGGCUGGCACAAAGCCCCCAGCUCUGUGAGUAGGAUCUCCCCUUCGCUGCCCUCUCUCUGAGAAAGGACAGCACACCCUUGGGAAAAGGGGAGGAGAGAGACUGAGCGCAAAUCCACUGCUGGAAAUUACUAUUCAGCAGAGAAGCGGGGACUUGGGCUGUGAAUCACUGCAGGCCUCCUGAUAAGCUGCUGCCUCCAGCCCUGCACAGCUGUCUGUUGAGAGAUAACAGCCUCAUAAGCUUCUCUGCCCAACUCUAAGCCAGCUGGGGGGUGGGGGUGGUGCUGUGUGCUGGAAGAGCUCUGGUGAGUUGGGGGUGGGAUACCGCCCCAGGAUCUCAGAAGCAUAUCUCAUCCCAUGCAACUCAGCAGCACCCCUGGAAAGGGGGAGAUGCGGAAUAAUGUAUUUAUAAGUCAUUUUGCUGGCAGAACCCUGAAAUAAAUCCUGCUGGUG